CAAGUUGGGAAAUGGGACGCAGCCGACCGCAGGUAUAUAAGACGAAGGAGGCAUGCAGUUUAUCCUCACCGCUGAGGUCUAGCAAGAGUUCCCAUCCGUACUGCACAGUUUCAACGAUGAAGGCCUUCUUCGCUGUUCUCGCUGUCGUGGCUGCACCUUUCGUUGCGGGUCACUACACGUUCCCAGACUUCAUUAACGACGGAGAGACGUCCGCCGACUGGGUCGACAUCCGUGAGACCGCGAACCACUACAGCAACGCCCCGGUCACCGAUGUUACCAGCACCGCGCUUCGUUGCUAUGAGCUCGACAUGCAGAACACCCCCGGAGAAACACAGACCGCUACUGUCCAGGCCGGCUCUACUGUUGGAUUCUACCUCGACAUCAUGAUGUCGCCCGCUUCCCCCGCAGCCAACUCACCCGACGCUGGUACUGGCCAGACCUGGUUUAAAAUCUACGAAGAGGUGCCCCAGUACACGAACGGCCAGCUCGUCUUCCCUGCCACUCAGCAGCAAGUCACCUUCACCAUCCCCUCGGAGGUCCCCAGCGGCCAGUACCUUCUCCGUGUCGAGCAGAUUGCUCUCCACGUCGCCGAGACCUACGGCGGCGCGCAGUUCUAUAUUGGCUGUGCCCAGAUCAACGUCGAGAAUGGCGGUAGCGGCACUCCCGGACCGCUCGUGUCGAUUCCGGGUGUCUACACUGGCUACGAGCCCGGUAUCCUCAUCAACAUCUACGACCUUCCAUCCAACUUCACCGGCUACCAGACCCCCGGUCCUGCUGUCUGGCAGGGAUGAGUGGAUACCAGCAGCCGGCGAUGCAGAUCCAGUUUGCAAAAUAUGGUAUCAUUCCUCUGCGAGUAGUUGUAAAUUAAGCGACUUUCGGUCGCCGAUAGCAAUGUGAUAUUCUGUAACGAAGUUCAGGAAGAGGAAAGCUGACAAUCUUCUAAGACGGGACGAACUCCGCGCGGGAGACGAUCCUGGACCAAGAUAGAGGAAAGAAAGAAAAAAGCCAUCAUAUGAGGAUGACAGCAAGUAGUAACGCCAUAAGGAUUAUUAUGAGAAUAAUUAUACACCAACCCGAUUUCGUCUCUUCUGUCUGCCGAAUAAACUUCUUCAUUCGCCGCAUGGCACCGCUCAAUUUGGAAUCCGUUUGGUCGACACCAUGUUCGAGAUCGUCGAGCAUCCUGUUCCAGACAUGUAAGCUAAGCGCAGGGAGUCAAUGCACACUCACUCGUUGUGUUCCACAAUCUCCUGGCCCAUAAGCCCAGCCUGUUCUUGUAGGGUAUGUAGAGUUGUGCCAAUGGACUCGAUCGUGCGGUCCUGCUCGUGGAUCAUCAUCUGUUGCUCCUGUCGAGCCCAUUCUGACUGGUCGUCUUCGGGUGCAGUUCCGUUCGCCGGUGACUCCAGAGACGCCGCUCGGUGCACGUCCGAGCGCGACAGUGGCCGUGACCGUGCUCCGAAUUCAGGAUCUACCUCGGCGCGCAUGUUGUCAAUCUCCUUCCGGACAAAGCCCACGUAUCGUCUCCGUUCCAUGACCUCGGACUCUUCGAGACCAAACAUCCGCGCACCGGUACUCUCGACAAUCUUGACACUUUCCUCGAGGUCUUCGAGAUCUGCUUCGAGCGCAGCUAGUGUCGCUUUGAGCUCAUUUCGUGCCCACACCAGCUCUUCACUCUCGUCUCUCGCCGUGCUCCGGAUGCGCAGAUACGACGCGCGGAGGGUCGAGGCCGUGUGCAAGGAGUUCUGCACCUCCUGCUGCACGGCAUGAUAUGGGUCUGUGGACAUCUUGAGCGCGGUUAAUUUGCACACGGUCCAAUCUUGCUACGGUAUGGUUCUAUUGUAGCAUCAAAAUAUCGUGGCUUGUGU